AGCUGCAUGACCAGCAGGGGUAGGUUUAGGAGAAGGAGUGCAUGUGGACUAUAUACACAUGAGUAGAGACACGGACUGAGAAGCUGCGUUUGGACUGUUUCUUGCGAGCUUGGAGUCCUGCGCUGAAACCAGACAGAGUUAUGUACUGUGCUCAUCCUGUCUCUGGCACAGGCAACAACUCUCUGAUGUACUGCUACAACAUGAAACCAGUCUAUGGGCAGUCGCCCGGUACUGCCAACAUCAACCAGAACUCAUCCUCACAUCCGUCAGCCAAGGCCCACAACAAUGUGUUCGCAAGCACGUUCUUUGAGGGGAUGAGCAAUUCACCUGACAUCUGGAACGCUGUAAACGGGCUGAACCAGCAGGGCUAUGAAGCUGCACUGGGAGCAGCCACGACCCACCAGACGCAGUCAGGGAGCUACAGCGGCCUGCAACCGACGCACAGUCACCUGGACUACUCUCCACACUCGGUGAUGGCCGCGGACAUGAACAGGGGUCUGCCGCCCAUGUCCAGUUUUCAUCGCAACAAUCCAGCUCCGUCGAUCAACACCUCAGAGAACUCCACAGUCUCAGGAAGCCGGGGAAACGUGUCAGGGCCGUCACAGACAGGCGAUACCCUGGGCAAAGCUCUGGCGUCUAUUUACUCCCCCGAUCACACCAGCAGCAGCUUCCCCUCCAGCUCAUCCACGCCGGUGAGGUCUCCGUCUCCGCUGCAGAAUGCAGCCGAACCUGCAGGUACCAACAUGUGGCCCCGCAGUUCAGUGCAGGCGCCGGUCUCCCCACAUUAUGAGUCCUCACUCAUAUCUAUGUCCCAGGUGGAGGACCGCCUGGACCGCCUGGACGACGUAAUCCACGUCCUGAGGAACCACGCCGUGGGCCCCACGGCCGGUCUGCCCACUGACAUCCAAGGCCUCCUGAACCAGACCCAGCACGGCCACCCGGGCUCCGCCGGCGCUCUCCCGCUCUCUUGUCACACUCCGGCCAUGGUGGAAGCUGUGAACAUGAACAACAACCACUCAGCCUUCCAGAGCCGCACACAGAACGGCCACCCGUACCCAGUCAGACAGAGGACCACGCUCCAGCCAGUUCAAGGAGGAAGCAGAGGUGGUCUAGGAGUUCAGGGUAAUCUGGAGCUUAAGAUGGAAAGCGGGGAGCGGGAAGAGAUGAUGCACACCAAUCACGGCCACAGUUCAGACAGCCCGAGAUCGGACGAGGAGAGCGAGCACAAAACACAUGGAGAAAACAGCUCGAGAAACAGCAUCCACGAGGAUGAGGACCUGAGCCCGGAGCAGAAGGCUGAGCGCGAGCGUGAGAGGAGGAUGGCCAACAACGCCCGAGAACGGCUGCGCGUGCGGGACAUCAACGAGGCCUUCAAGGAGCUGGGCCACAUGUGUCAACUGCACCUGAAGAGCGAGAAGCCGCAGACCAAGCUGCUGGUGCUGCACCAGGCCGUGGCGGUGAUCCUCAGCCUGGAGCAACAAGUCAGAGAGAGAAACCUGAACCCGAAGGCGGCGUGUCUGCGGAGGAGAGAGGAAGAGAAGGCGUCCGCGGUCAUGACAGAUCCGCAGUCCAUGCAUCUGGCUUUUCAUCCCAGCAUGACCGACCAGGCAAACCCCAUGGGCCACCUCUGAGGACCUGACACUGACUGCACCAAGUCAACCAUCAAGUAUUUAAAAAUGCUGAAUGAAGAACAUCCUCGGAGCGUUCAGCUGUUUGGGAUGUCCAACCGUCUCUCUCGUGAAUUCGGACCGGAGCGGAGAGGCCGCCGCGGCCUCCGACUAGAACGCGCGAUGCAGUCGAACAAUCAUCUAUCUCCUCACUUCCCAGACGGACUUUUAACUUUGUGCCUGAACUUAACACGUAACAGACAAAUGCAUUGUAAUCUGCAGAUGUUUUGUACAUAUUUUGUAUAUUUAUUGAUUACCUUUCUGUUGGAGUAUACCUGACCGGGUGAAACACGGUGGAGCGUAGACACAGACAACGGUGUCAUCAUGCAGUCUGAUUUUUGGCAAAGCCAGACAUGUUUCCAUGACUUUUACAGUGUAUCACUAUUUACAAUGUGCACUCGUGUUUUCAGCGGCUCUCAGAGGACUGACAUUCCCACGUUUGUGUGUUCAGACAUCGGAUUUCAUUUUUCCUGUGGUGUGUGUGUGUCUGUGUGUUUGUGUGUGUGAGAGAGAGAGAGAGAGUGUGUGUGAAUAUUGCAGGGGUUUGACCAUUCUGUGAAUGAACAGAUCUCCAAGAAUGUUCUCUGACAUGUGGGCAUCAUCAAAUUUCCAUGAACCAUACGUUUGUGUUAUUGCACUGUCAACAGGAUUACACGAAACACAGGUGGACAGAAUCCCUCUUCCCCCUCAGUGUUUUCAUUGCUCUUCAGAUGUAGCCAAACAAGCUCUGUGCAUGUUUGAGAGUUUUUAAUAGAACAUUUCAUUUGUUUUCUAAGUUAUGUAACUUAUAUUUUAUACAAAUAUUGUGACUUUAAUAAUGUUUGCUUUUAACUUUACACCAGAAGACAUUUUUUGUUUUUUGUUUUUGUGCAGUUUGCUAGACGUAGUCACAUUUCAUGCUCCGAGCAAUACAGUGUUACCCAGUUAUUAACGUCUUGUUUGCUUAUCACACUGCUGAACAGAUAAUAACAAUAAUAAUAAAUGACUAAAAUAAUCUGAAAUACUCUUAUCAUAAUGUGUACAGUAUGUGUACAGUUUGAAGUAGCCUACAGGCAUGUGUCAAAAUAAUAAUGUAGCAAUAAAUGUCUUUUUUUUUCAAAUA